AGGAGACCAUGAACGCAGCAGCAUACGGAUUAACCUGGAGGAGAGUAAAACUCGCUGCAACCGACCAACAAACCGCGAACACGACAAGUUCACGCAGUAAUGGGACUUUUCUGCUUAAACUACGGAGUACGAAGGCGUGUUUAUUGAUCGUGUUGAUGUCGUUGAACAACUUUUAAUCGGGAUUUUGGUCGACGUAUUGUUGGCGCUUCAGUUGAAACGGAGUUCUGCUUUCAGUCGGAUGGAAGUGAGCGAGACAGGUCCGUUUUAAAGACAAACAGGUCGGUUUAACGGCUCCCUCGGAGGACUUUUGCGGUGUCUCUCCGGUUCAAUGUCCACAGUAAACUUCGCGGAGGAGCUGGACUUCAGACUGAUCUUUGAGGAGGACGGGAGACAGACAGCAGGUCCAGAUCUCCAUGUGAGGACGCCUACCUCCUCCACACAGGCUCUGGCUGAGCAGCCCAUCAGCCCAGAGCUGCAGGGUCACCCUCCAUGCCUCCCCACCGCAAACGACUACCAGCAGGUCGGCUACCAAAUCCAGGGGCCCCAGUAUGGAGCCCAGGGGAACCCCAGAGCCUUUGACUGCCCCAGCAUCCAGAUCACCUCCAUAGCUCCUAACAACCAUGGCGAACCAUGCAGUAGCCAGCAGGCUUUGGCGGUGGGCGGGGCAGAGGGGGGUUACCUGGAGACCUCCUGGUCCAGAGGCCAGCUCUACCUCCCUCUGGACCCCUGUUACCGGGACCCGGUACUCUGCCCGAGCCCCUGCAGCAGCCUGUCCUCUAGGAGCUGGAUGUCCGACCUCUCCUCCUGUGAGUCCUUCUCCCACAUCUACGAGGACGUGGACGGGGAGCUGCGCGAUGCCGCCCGCCUCGCCCUCGGGUCCCCUGUGGGGUCACCUGUGGGGUCCCCGGGCUGCGGGGGCGGGGCUUUUGGGGUGGAGCUGUGGCAGCAGAAGUAUCAGCAUCCUUCGGCCUUCAGCCCGGCGCUGUCGCCUCAUCAGUCGCCCCGCCAGUCACCCUGCCACUCUCCUCGCACCAGCGUCACAGAGGAGAGCUGGCUGAACCGCCGGCCCACCUCCAGGCCGUCAUCCAGACCGACGUCCCCCUGUGGGAAGAGACGCCACUCUAGUGCCGACCCCCAUGCCCGCUCGCCCUCCCCUCACCACUCCCCCAGCCCCACACCGGGUGCCUCCCCACGGGGCAGCGUGACGGACGACACCUGGGUGGGAAGCCCCGCCGGCGCCAUGGGGCCCCUCCUGAUGUCCAGCUACCAGGAGCUGGACGUCCCCUCAAAGACCAGGAGGACGUCUGGGAGCCAGCUAGGCCUCCUGGCCAGUCAGGGGGACCCCGGACUGGAAGAGCUGAGAACCGUGAUACCUUUCCAGGAUUCUCCUGGGGAGGAGACACGAGAACAGGACGGCCUGGCUGAGCUCUUCCUUCAGGUGCCCUCCCACUUCAGCUGGAACAAACCCAAGCCGGGAAACCCUCCUCUGUUCAGGACCUCGUCGCCCCCUCCUCUGGACUGGCCUCUGCCCAGCCAGUAUGACCAGUAUGAGCUGAAGCUGGAGGUCCAGCCCAAGUCCUACCACAGGGCGCAUUAUGAGACGGAGGGCAGUCGAGGGUCCAUCAAGGCGCCUACUGGAGGACACCCUGUUGUCAAGUUGAGCGGAUACAGCGAGCAGCCGGUCAGCCUGCUGUUGUUCAUCGGCACGGCGGACGACCGAUGCCUUCGCCCCCAUUGCUUCUACCAGGUCCACCGGGUGACGGGGAAGACAGUUACCACCACCUGCCAGGAGAAAAUAAUUGAAUGCACCAAGGUUCUGGAGAUCCCUCUGCUUCCAGAAAACAACAUGUCCGCCAGCAUCGACUGCGCCGGCAUCCUGAAGCUGCGUAACGCCGACAUCGAGCUGAAGAAAGGAGAGACGGAUAUCGGGCGGAAGAACACGAGGGUGCGAGUUGUGUUCAGGGUCGCCUUGCCACAGCCGGGCGGCCGGAUGUUAUGGCUGCAGACGGCAUCUAUUCCUGUGGAGUGCUCCCAGCGAUCGGGCCAGGAGCUUCCUCAUGUGGAGAGCUUCAGUCCGACCAGCUGCUCGGCGGACGGAGGAGAGGAGCUGCUCAUCACCGGAUCCAACAUCUCUACGCAGUCCAAAGUCGUCUUCAUGGAGAAAGGGCCUGAUGGGAGAUCGCUGUGGGAAAUUGAUGCCAGAGUUGUGCCAGAAAAAUGCAGCGGAUCCAACAUUGUGGUUGAGAUCCCUCCUUACAAUAAAAAGACAACAUGUCCGAUCCAAGUCCAGUUCUACAUCUCCAACGGGAAGAGAAGAAGAAGUCUAACGCAGAGCUUCACCUAUCUGCCCGGAGCCAGACGCCACCUGCCUGCCGCGGCCGGAGCUCCGCUGGUCAAACAGGAGCGCUGGGAGCCGGACCACAUCUCCCACAAUCCACCUGGCUUCUGUCAGGCGGCCCCUCAUGACCGAGCCCUCAGCCCAGAAGUGGUUUAUUAUGAUGCCUGCAACCUCCCAGUGCAUUGUGGUCCUUCUACCCAGAACGCCCCUCGUCUCCAUCACCCCCCUCCUUCCUCUGCACCGCUUCAGACCUCCUUAAUGUUUCCUCACACCUCCUCCAUCCCUCUCCACACCUCCUCCUCCAUUCCUUCUCAGACCUCCUCAGUCCCCCACCAGACCUUGAUUCCUCUUCAGACCUUCACCAUCUCCCCUCAGACCUCCUCGAUCCCGCCCCAAAUCUCCACGAUGCCUCCCCCGGCCUCCUCGGUGCCCCUUCAGACCUUCACCAUCCCGCCUCAGCCCUCCUCCCUGCCUCCUCAGACUUCCUCCGUCCCUACUCACACCUCCUCCGGUGGACCUCGGAGGGAUCCGUCUCCGUCUCUGAUUCCCAGGAGAGCCUUUGUGACCCCCGCUGAACCCCAGAAGGACUCUCUGCUCUCCCAGAGCCCAAGAGGGGUGCUGAGCAUCAAGCAGGAGCCAGUGGACCAGCCAAAUCCGGGAUCCUUGGGCCUCCAGGAGAUCACACUGGAUGAUGUGAACGAGAUUAUCGACAGAGACAUCUGCAGUCUGAGCAGCGGUGCCCAGCCCGACCAGUUUGACCAGUACCACCAGUACGACUGGGAACACAAGUCCAGUGACGCCGCCUUACCGUUCUGCGGAGGUCCGCAGUAGUCUCACUGCCCUCUCAGUGCUUCUUCUACUGUUCGCUCUUUGGACAAAAAAAUGAACCGACAGUGACGUUUGCACAAAGUGCAUCGAACUGAUCUUCAAGUGCCUGAAAUCCAAUCAGCAGCCUCCGCCGGGCCUGUGGCCUCGUUUAUCAGGGUAUCACGUCAGGUUACUGUCUCCUCAUCUGUCUCAGGAAUUAAAGCGUGAAGACGACUCAUACCUCACGGACAAACCAAAGAUUUUAUAACGUUUCACAAGAGAAUUGGAUGAACUGUAGAAAACAACAAUAAAAAAGGGCUGUAAUUCAACCAUCACAUCCUAACAAUCUUAAUGCCGUUACAGAGGCUGAAGUCGCACACGAAUGAGAAAAAUCCUGACAUUAUUUAUUGGCCAGUUAAUUAAGAAAUCUAUUUUUGAUACUCUGGAUCUUGUCCAGUAAAAACUAAAAGUCCUCUAACUGAUUAUUUACAUUUUUUAUAGCUUGGUUUUAACUCUGUACGGUUUACAUUUCCUUCGCUGAAUUACAUUAUUGCUGUUCAACCUGAACUGUUUUUGGUGUGAAGCUUAAGACACUGAAUUAUAGAAAUGUAUCGUAAGGUUGAAGUAAAAAGUGAAGUAAAAUCA